CGUCCACUGAGACAACCAGAGACAACCAUCGAUUGAGGUAAAUCCCAUCUACAUUGACAUACAUACAUAGUUGUGUGCCAUCGUUUCGGUCAAAAUGAGUGCCCAAAACCUCUACAAGUGCAUGUUGUGCAAAAAACGCCAUGCCCUCAGAUACUGCCCAAUUUUCAUCCAGAUGACGGUGGAGGACAGGAGGGUAGUAGUUCGACAGCACAACUACUGCCGAAAUUGUCUGGCGAAAAGCCACACAAUUGAUGACUGCCAGUCGGCAGAUACUUGUCGAAAAUGUGGGUUUCGGCAUCACACCAUGCUGCACCCACGAAAACUCACCUUCAACUCCAGCAGCUCUACCAUCACCACCAAAUCGACCUCAUCAAGACAACAACCCCAAAAGAAACCACCAACUUUAGCACGGCCUCGACGACAACAAUCAACAUCAACUCCGGCCCAACGCAAACAACCAGCUAAAUCACGCCUUGGCCAACGUCAACACACAGCCUCAGCUGGUCAACAACAGCGACAACCCAAAAAACGCUACAGGUCUCAGAGUCAAAGAGGCCGCCUGCCACCAAAGCAAAGACCUCAGCAAAAGCCAAGACCUCAACAGAAGCCAAAGCCACAGAAAGCCAAAAAAGAACGCUCAGCAGCCCCUCAACCGAAUUACUUGAUACUGUCAGAGGCUAUAAAGUCCUUGGCGACCGUACUUUGCGCUUCCUCAUCAAAUUUUGCGUAA